AUGAGGAGAGUUAGACUGUACGGCUGGAAUUUGAACAUCCUCGGCCCUUCCCUCCUCGACCUCCCCAGCGCCACCGUCCGCAACCAGAUGCUUAACCCGGACGGGCCGGGCUACAAGCUGCUGGCCUUCGAGGGCGACGCCUUCACCAGCAACCGCCAGGCCGUCGCCAAUCUCGCCACGGCCAGGAAGAUCCGCGAGUUCGCCACCGCCGGCCUGCCGAUCCUCGUCGUGGGGAACUGGUCCUCAGUCUCGGCCUACGGCCGCGGCGAGGCCGCGCACAGCGCCGAGAUCACGUCGCUCUUCGCCGACAUCCUCGGCCGGCCCAACGUCGCCAAUGUCGCCGCGCGCGACGACAUCGGCGCCGGCGGCGCGCAGCAGCAGCAACAGCAGCUCGUCAGCCACCACCGCGCCGACGGCGACCUCGACCACUUCCUGCUCGUCGCGGCGCACCCGGCCACCUACGCCGUGUCGGCAAAGGCUAGGGUCCACGCCGUCGAGGCCGACGUCGUGCUGCCCCGGCGGUCGAGGCGCGGGGUGCCCCUGCUCACGGACCUCUGGACGGGGCAGAUGACGCCCCUGGGCCAGUACACCGAGGCCGCCGUCAUCACCGUCGCGCCCCUGGCCGAGGUGCCGGUGCACGCCGUCGCCUCGGACGCGCAGCUCGUGCGACGCCGCGACGGCGGCGGAGGCUGCGGGCUGUACAUGCGCGCCAACGCGACGGGCACGUACACGGCCGAGCUCAGCGACGGCAGGACGGUCAUCGAGACGAUCCGCCACGUGCCGAGGGGUUUCGAGAUCAAGGGUUGGACGCUGGCGGUGCAGAGCUGGGAGCCCACGGAGGAUAUGUCCUCGCACGAGCCGGGGUUCGUCGCACACGAGCUCGGCCCGCUCGACGCGCUGCGGCCCUGGACGAGCUACCCGGAGCCGGGCGACGUGUCGGGCGUGGGCACGUACAACGCGAGCUUCACGCUCGGCGGGGAGGAGGGCGGCGGCGGCUGGGCUUGGUCGGCCCAGGCCGGCGCGACGCACCUUCACGGGCUCGUUCCGCGUGGUGGUCAACGGUCGGCGGCUGCCGGCUGUGGACCAGCUGGACACCGAGUUCGACAUCGGCGGGUACGUGCACAAGGGCCGCAACACGAUCAGCAUCGAGGUCGCGACGCCGCUGCUCAACCGGAUGCGGGUGGCGGACCCGGACGUCAACGGGGUGGCCAAGACGCAGGACUACGGGCUGGUGUCACAAGGAGGAGUACCUUCAGGAGGGGAGGAUUGCCCCUGGAGAACAUUCUCUACGACUCGGCAUUUGAUGACCGUGCCAAGUAUAAUUACGAAGUACGUGAUUUGUUUGGACAGUACGAGACUGGCGCGUUUCGAAGACGCGAAACCUUACAAGAAAGGCAAGGCAAACCGAGCAAGACUGUUUGUGAACAGUGUCAAGGUUCCGUUAACUCCCGGACGAAAGCAGACUACACAGUUGAUGGCGUUCGAGAUGGUGUGCACCAACUUGUUUAG